GGGUGGUGGGGACGUUGUGAUGGCAGCAGGGGGUGGGGGUGGGAGUGUGCAGUGGAUGGAGAGUGAGGAGAUGCGGGAGAUGGUGAAUGAGGUGGCCACUGUGCUGGACAAGGCCACUCACAUUGUCUAUCCAGAGAACUACCAGCAACAGAGGAGUCGUCUGCGGGACAGUGUGUGUGGCAUGUACUUGACCUACAGACAGGUGGAGCAUGACCGGAUGCAGGAGAGGCCGGAGAGGAUUGAGAAGCGACUGGAGGACAUCGAGAGGGAGGCCAGGGCCAAGGAAGAGGAACAGGUGCGUGAGCAGCAGAAGCGGGAUGAGGAGCUGCGAGUGGAGGAGGAGCAGAGACUGGCGAGGGAGGCACUGAUGCGGGAGGAGCAGCGAAAGAAGGAGGAGUUGAAGAAGUUGGAGAAGAACAGACUGAAGGAGCACCUGGAGGGGUUGAAGAAGAGUGCGGGUGUGGGGGGUGGGGCAGGCGGCAACAGUAUCCUGCAGGACAUUCAGGACGAUGACCUGGAGGACAUGAAUGCGAAUGACCUGUUAGCCAGGCGCAAGGAGGAGAUCAUGAAGGAGAACAGGGAGAGGGUGGAGCGUAUCCGGAAGGAGGAGAAGAAGGUGGACCACUGGGAAAGGGCUCUGAGGGAGGUGGAGUUGUCUGGGAUGGCAGAGUGGAUCCAGCAGCAGAUGCAGAUGAGGAAGCACCAGUGGGACACCAGUCAACACAACAAGAUUGAGCAGAUGAAGGAGGAGGUUGAGAAGCGGCGCAGCAUGCGUGCCAAGUGCAUCAUGAUGGUGGAGGACAAGGAGGUGUUUGUGGAGAGACUACACCACAACAGACAACAACUCCUCCAGGAGCGUGUUGAGAAGUGGGAGCAGUCUCUUGCAGUCGAGAAGGAGCGUCUGCUGGCGGCGAGGAGGAACAAGCGCAAGCAAGAGAGGAGGGCCCAGUACUUUGCCAGACAGAAGCGGGAGGAGGAGCGGAGGGCGGCGGAGGAGGAGGAGGCGGAGAGGAGACGUGUGAAGGAUAUGGAGGAGGCACAGGCCCGGAAACAAGAGGAGGAGGAACAGAUGCGUUUGAUGGAGGAGCGACGUCAUGCCCAAGAGAAGGACGAGAUGAUGCGUGGGUCUGUGGGGGGAGGAAGCAUGAGAGGCUCAGAGCGACCGGCGGGCGGAGACAGAAUGGAUGACAGGUAUCGUGGGGAUCGAAUGCGAUCUCCUCCAAUUCGAGGCUCAGGGGCAUAUCAACCCCCGGCUUCGUCCGACAGAUACAGACCCCCGGUGGGAGGCAGAGACGGAGGGGACUCGAUGAGAAGGGGAGGCCCACCCCCCUCGGAGGACAUCAGAAGAGGAGGAGGAGGGGGAAGGGACUCGGAGGACAGAGAUAGGGAUCUGUUUAGACGGAGAGGGGGCGACGAUGAGUUCAGACGAGGUGGCGGCGGAGCUGAAGACAAUUUCCGAAGAGCACGUGAUGAGGAAUUUGAGCGUGGCGGACCACCUAGGGGCGAUAGAGAAAGAGAUAGAGAUAGAGAUGAGGCGUACAGGCCAGCCCCACUUCGCACCAGGGGGGAUGGGGGACGCGACUUUGGGGGAGACAGAGACAGAGAGAGGGACAGUAUGCGGGGAGGUGGCGGGGGAAUGGGCAGAGAGGACAGAUUCAGACCCGCUCCAGAUGAUUUCAGACGUGGUGCCCCGCCCCCUCGUGACUCAUAUGAGCGCGAAAGAGACCGAGACCGGGACUUGGGAGGAUUUGGGGGCGGGAGAGAUAUGGACAGCUACCGAGGAGGAGACAGAGACAGAGAUGAAAGAGGGGGAGGAGGGGGGCCUGGCAGAGGGAGAGAUGAGAGAGACAGAGGGGGCAUAGAGAGAGGUGGCAACUUCAGGGGUCAGGAGGGGUCAAUGCGAGGAGGAGGAGGAGGGGUAGUGGACUCGGGAACUACUGCUCCCAUUCGUCCAUUCAGGCCCAGAGAGGAGAAGAAGGAUCGCCCUCCCGCAUCGGAUGACGGCUGGACCGAAGUCAGGAAACGAUAGAAUUGAAGGAAGGAACACGUGAAACAUCCACCGUCUUGAGAUGGUUUGAGAAAAAAAGGGGCAAAAGCGACUGCACAACAACUACAUUCGUGUUCGUGCGAGCAAAUGGCCCGCAACCUGAUUGUUGCCUGCUGGGAACUAAAAAUUAAUUAAGGCUUAUCUGGUAUUUAUAUUUAAUGCAAUUGCUUGCUGUUUGUUGUUCCUGUGUUUAAUAUUUUUAAAUUGAAUGUCAUCAUUGAGCUGAUAACAAAAAUUAGGGAACAUUUGAAAUAGGGAGAUUCACUUCCUGUGUUCUGUGUACUUGAUGCAGUUUUUGAAUUGUAUUUAAUUUACAUUAUUAUGCUACAUAACAUAACUGUUGUUUUUAUCAUCAAUACAGCGUCUCCUCAUUUGAUGCAGUAAAAGAAUGCGUAAUGUGUUCUUCAUUUGCUUUUGCAAAUGGAUUAAUUGAUUUCGGGCCAAUAAAUGUUCCGAUCUCAAA